UCAUUUAAAAAGCCCAAUUGUUUUUUCCGAAGCCCAGCUGAACACUUCCCUGAUAAUUUGUCGGUAAUUCACGAUUUCGGAUCGACGAGGGUUUUCUCGCCGCCGUCGUGGACUUCUUGAUUCCGGCUAAAUCUUAAAUCUUCUUCUCCAUGAAGAUAUUAGAGGCCAACGCAGGCCCUCUUACGAAUUUUGAGGUGCUCGACUUUUUAAGAUCAAAAGGGGCAGCUAAGGAUCCCACUAGGGUUCUUGCGAAAGUGUUACCAUCUGAAUACAAGGUUUUUGAUUAUUUGAAUCAAACUUCUGCUUGUAAUCAAACGAGAGAAGCCAUCAUUAAUUUUGCUGAGAAGUCCAAAGAGUAUGAUCUCGCGAAAGCUGAAAUUCUCAAUAUCAUCAAUUUGCGGCCUACUACCCCGGUUGAGCUAUUUCCGGUUAUAGAGAAUUGUGAUGCUCGUAUGGGAGAAGGAGCAACUGAAAGAAUGGAAGAGAUUGGGUUGAUGGUGGAACACGUAUUCCCUACACCACAAAAUGAGCCGACGUUUGAAGUAACUCCAAAGGAAGGUAACGAGGCCGAAGCCAUGGAAGUGCAAGAAGGAGCUGGGGAUGCUGAUGAAGAACCCAUGCAAACCACUUGAACUCAGUUGGAAAAUUAAGUGAAUGUUGGUAGAUAUAAGAUUAAAUGAGCUGCCUGUGCUUGAUUUCUCCUUCAAGUCUUAACUCAACUAUUCAUAAUGUGCGUGCAGACAUGGGUUUCAGGUGAAAGAUGAAACGGAGGACAGUUCCCAUAUAUAGAAUGUGAAAUUAAAGUCAAAGAAAGCUUUUGAGUGCUAAACAAUGAAAAUAGUUGGCUUCUUUUCAGCACUAUUCUUCUAUUUGUUAAAUAUACCCUCAUACUUUAGACAUGGAAGAAGAAGCCGAGAUUUUCGUUUCCCUAGGUUAUUCCCAUCUCCUCAAAGCAAACAGCAGAGGCAGCACAUGCCCUCGACACUGAAUUACUGACAGCAACAAUACAUGCUCUCAUAAUUUUAGCGUCAUAUCAUACUUAGAUACUAUCUUAUGCAUCAGGUCAGGCCCUUUAUACUUUAUAUUUUCUUUUCCUUUUCUCCAUCAUAUUAUGAUCUGCAAAUUUUGAUUAAAACACUCUUUUAGGUUUCUUA